AUGCCUCCUCCUCCUCAAAGAGUUCAAUAUGGUCAAGAAAUGUCCACCUUUGACAAGUUCAAAAUGGGUGCCGUAAUGGGUGGUACUGUUGGUGUCAUGGUUGGUGUGGUCUUUGGUGGGUACGCCGUCUUGACCCAAGGGCCAGGUCCAAACGGUUACAUGAAAACCAUUGGUCAAUAUAUCGGUGGUUCUGCCGCCACUUUUGGUUUGUUUAUGUCUAUUGGUUCCGUCAUUAGAUCUGAAGAGCAACACAAGUUCAAUCCAUACAUUUACAAGAAUGAAUGCAGAAGAUUGCAGAGAGAACAAUUCUUCAGCAACUACAAGCAAUAA